AUGACCCAGCACCGGCUCCUCCCACUCAUGAUCCUUGCCAUCAGCUCUACUCCAGGAGUCUUCCAGGACUCAGCUCUCAGCCCUACUCAAGAAGAACCUGGAGUUCUGGAGUGCGGGCGCCCUGAGCCCUCUGCCCGCAUCGUUGGGGGCUCAGAUGCGCAACCAGGCACCUGGCCGUGGCAGGUGAGCCUGCAUCAGAGGGGGGCGCACGUCUGCGGGGGCUCCCUCAUCGCUCCCUCCUGGGUCCUCUCGGCUGCCCACUGUUUUGUGGAGAACGGGACCUUGGAGCCCGCGGACGAGUGGUCGGUAAUUCUGGGCGUGCACUCCCAGGACGGGCCCCUGGACGGUGCGCACGUCCGCGCAGUGGCCGCCAUCCUGGUGCCAGAAAACUACAGCAGCGUGGAACGGGGCGCCGACUUGGCCCUGCUGCGCCUCACCGCUCCCGCCAUCCUGGGCCCCGCAGUGCGGCCGGUCUGCCUGCCGCGCGCCUCGCACCGCCUGGCUCACGGCACCGCCUGCUGGGCCACCGGCUGGGGCGACAUCCAGGAGGCAGAUCCCCUGCCUCUGCCCUGGACACUACAGGAAGUGGAGUUAAGGCUGCUGGGAGAGGCUGCUUGUCAGUGUCUCUACAACCGGCCUGGCCCCUUCAACCUUACCUUCCAGCUGUUGCCAGGGAUGCUGUGUGCUGGCUACCCAGAGGGCCGCAGAGACACCUGCCAGGGUGACUCUGGAGGGCCCCUAGUCUGUGAAGAAGGCGGACGCUGGUUCCAGGUGGGAAUCACCAGCUUCGGCUUUGGCUGUGGACGGAGGAACCGACCAGGAGUCUUCACUGCUGUAGCUCCCUAUGAGGCAUGGAUCCGGGAACAGGUGAUGGGCUCAAGGCCUGGGCCUGCCUUUCCUGCCCAGCCCCAGGGGUCCCAGAGAGGCCCCCCGGAGCCCACAGAGGAGAACUGUACCAUUGCCCAGCCAGAAUGCGGGAAGGCCCCGAGGCCAGGGGCCUGGCCCUGGGAGGCGCAGGUGAUGGUUCCAGGUUCCAGACCCUGCCACGGGGCGCUGGUUUCUGACAGCUGGGUCUUGGCACCUGCUAGCUGCUUUCCAGACCACAUCAGCUCCGACAGCCCGCCCCGCGACCUCGACGCCUGGCGCGUGAUGCUGCCCUCGAACCCGCGCGCGGAGCGGGUAAAGCGCCUCGUGCCGCACGAGAACGCCUCGUGGGACGACGGCUCAGACCUGGCCCUGCUGCAGCUGCGCGCGCCCGUGAACCUAAGCGCAGCCCCGCGGCCUGUGUGCUUACCCCACCCGGAACACUAUUUCCUGCCCGGGAGCCGCUGCCGCCUGACUCGCUGGGGCCGUGGGGAGCCUGCACCCGGCCCCAGCUCGCUGCUAGAGGCAGAGCUGUUGAGCGGCUGGUGGUGUCAUUGCCUCUACGGCGGCCAGGGGGCGUCAGUGCCGCCGCCGAGAGACCCGCCGCACGCGCUUUGUCCCGCCUAUCAGGAGGAGGAGGAGGCGGGCCGCUGUUGGAAUGACUCACGCUGGAGCCUUCUGUGCCGGGAGGCAGGUACCUGGUUCCUGGCUGGGAUCAGAGACCCCUUGAGUGGCUGUCUACGGCCCCGAGCCUUCUCCCCUCUGCAGCCCCACGGCCCAUGGAUCAGCCAUGUGACUCGGGGAGCCUACCUGGAGGACCAGCUGGCCUGGGACUGGGGCCCUGAGGGGGAGGAGACAGAGACACAGACUUGUCCGCCACACACAGAGCAUGGUGCCUGCGGGCUGCGGCCAGAGGCUUCCAGGAUGGGAGUCCUAUGGCCCUGGCUGGCAGAGGUGCAUGUGGCUGGUGAGCGAGUCUGCACUGGGACCCUUGUGGCCCCCGGCUGGGUCCUGGCCGCCACUCACUGUGUCCUCAGACUGGGCUCUACGACGGUGCCCUAUAUCCAAGUGUACCUGGGCCGGGCGGGGCCCAGCCCCCUCCCACAGGGCCACCAGGUGUCCCGCUCGGUCAUCAGCAUCCGCCUGCCUCGGCACCUGGGACUGCAGCCCCCUCUGGCCCUGCUGGAACUGAGCUCACGGGUGGAGCCCUCCCCCUCAGCUCUGCCCAUUUGCCUCCACUCAGGGGGCAUCCCUCUGGGGGCCAGCUGUUGGGUGCUGGGCUGGAAGGACCCCCAGGACCGAGUCCCUGUGGCGUCUGCUGUCUCCAUCCUGACACCACGAAUCUGUCACUGCCUCUAUCAGGGCAUUCUGCCUCCCGGGACUCUCUGUGUCCUGUAUACGGAGGGUCAGGAAGACAGGUGUGAGGUGACCUCAGCACCCCCACUCCUGUGUCAGACAGAAGGACGCUCCUGGGUCCUCGUGGGCAUGGCUGUUAGAGGGAGCCGGGAGCUAUUUGCUUCCAUUGGCCCUGAAGAGACGUGGAUCGCCCAGACAGUGGGGGAGGCCCACUUCCUGCCCCCAAAUGGCUCUCCCAACUGGCCGCCUGAGGGCAGUGACCUCUGUCCUCCGGACAUGGCAAAGGCCUCGGGAUCCCCCAGGGCCGCUUUGUUCCUGCUGCUGCUGGCCCCCCUGAUCCAGAGCUGAUUGGCCAGGUCCCUGGGUCACCAUUCCUUCUACCCCCUCUCUUGCCCCUAGCCCUUUACUGGAAUGUGGCCCAACCUGGAGAGCACCCCACCCACUGAGGCAGCUUCAGAUAAUUGGGCCUAGGUGCCCAGCUAUUUUGGGCCCAGGAAUCCUUGGGGACGGCAAGAGGAGUGACAAUAAAGGUGUAAACAC